AUGCACUCAGACAACAAAUCCAGAAGCUACAACAGCCACAACAAGACAACAACAUGGCGACUUCCCGCCAAAACCAACCAACCAACCAACCAACCAAUCACGACGCACCACGACAGGACACAGCAAAGCUCGACCAAUGAAGACACAAAUCAAACAUACGACGAUGACAACAUUUCACAGUACUACCGCUCUUCAGAAUCUGAGUCAUCUGAGCAAGAAGAAAUGGAACAAGACGAUGGGGAAGAGGAUUUCCAAACCCCUCCCCCACGGAAAACAGCAAAACGGAAGAACACUGAAGACGACACAGCACCGCACAAACAAUUCACCACUCAAACAGAAAACCGAUUUGAACCUCUCUCACCUCCAACACAACGAAGCAAUAGUACCAGAAAUCCAGCAACUUCAACCCAACCAACUCCAUCAUCAUCAAACGCUCCUCAAGCCAUCCCAAAGAAACCAAGGAUCCCGCCCAUUACUAUCCAGUACAAAGCCCACUACCUAACGCUCAACGCAGCAUUGAAAAAGCACAUGGAAGGACCGAUACAGGCUAUCUAUAAAGGAGACACUAUCAAAUAUCACUUUGACUCAAUGAAAGACCAACGGACAGCACUCGACUUCUUUCAUCAUCACAACAUUUCCAAUUUUACUCAUCAACCGCAAAGUGAAAGACACCUAAAAGUAGUGAUAAAAGGUUUACCAGAAACAGUCACAGAAGCAGAAGUAGACAAAGACUUACAAUACCUCAACUUCAAGCCAAGAAACGUUCACCAAUACAAGAAAAGGGGCAAAAAUACAAAACAAUUACGACCCAUGGACGUCUUCUGCGUAACACUUGACAGAAAACCUGAAAACGACGCCAUUUACCACGUCCGCUACGUCCUUGACACAAAGCCCGACAGAGCCGCCAAAAUCGCGCUCUGUCCGCGCCACAAAAGAACACUCACGGUAUCCGCGUCGGCAUCACGAAAGCCACGCAAAAAAGCCACGCAAAAAAGCCCGACCAACCGCGUCGCGUCGACUUCCGCAUCUGCGAGCAGACCGACGACGAACACACCAAAAAACUCCACCCCACGACAACAGCAAGGGGCAGGGAAAAGGAAGUCACAGAUCCCCACAAGAAUACCACACAAUUUCGAGAGUCCCAACAGAUUUGACGCUUUAGGGGACUCGGACGAGGAAGGCGAGACAACUGCCUCCCCAGACGUCAACCUGCCACCGCCACCACAACCAACACCACCAGGGGAUACACCAGCAGCCCUCACCGCUACGUCACACGACGACAACUCGACUCCCGCAGUCGCGGGUCAACAACAGCCCACCGGCAGCGGAGAGGACGAGACAAACCCAAGAAAUGUACCACCAAUAGUGGUGUACCAAUUAGAGGGGUACACCAAACUCAACAAAGAGAUAAAAAGCAGAAUAUCAGGCCCCUUGAAGGCCAUCUUCCGGGGUAACUCGGUUAAGUAUAAUUUUGAGUCCCUAAGAGAUUACUAUGCCGCGGCAGCCUUUCUAAGAGAAAGGGAUGUACCGCAUUUUAACCACCAACCGCCCGAGAAAAAGGAUUUACACGUGGUCGUCCACGGCCUACCAGCCAAAGUCCUAGAGGAGGAACUACGAGAGGCCCUUGUAGAGGAAGGUUUCAGACCUUCAUACGUGCACCAGUUUAAAAAACGAGCACGUAAUUCACGAAGGCUCAUCCGAGAGCCAACGUACAAAGUCUCCCUCCCCAGGGGCUCGGGCGGUGAGAGGAUAUACGAAGUGCGGUACAUCCUCCACACAAAGGUGACGGUGGAAACCUACCGCCCCAAGGAAGGUCGCGCGCAGUGUCACCGCUGCCAGCGCCUAACGCACACGGCAAACUAUUGUAACAUGCCGGCGAGGUGCGUAAAGUGCGCGGGCCUCCACGCCACAAAAGACUGCCGGAAACCAGAGAGCGAGCCGCAAAAGUGUGUGCUGUGCUCCGGAGACCAUCCAGCAUCUUGGAAAGGCUGCCCGGAACACCAAAAACCAAUGAAUGUACGACGCCCGUACCCAGCGGGCAAGCGGCGGAAAACAACGAGCACAGCGGCCGCCACGGAACGACGACCACAUCUCGCCGAGAGGCCGACUGGCGAAACUCCACAAAAGGAAAGCAGUGGGAAGCAGCACCCGCUGCACCCACUGCACAGAACCAAACAACUAAAACCCACGCCUCAUAAAUCGAGGAUGGUCGGGGGCCGCAAGGCCUUAUUGUUACCGACCAUGCCCUCCAAAGCCAACGAUUUGUUUUUUAGAAGCCCAUCAAAUGCCUUAGAAGGGCAUCAUGCUGACACGAAUGAAAAGAGAAGUCCAACUACAACACAUCAAAGUGAAGACAUGGAGGCGAUGCAGGGGGAUCCUGCAAGGACUCUGCCGAUCCAGGGUAAGAGGGGGUCCCUGAAGAAGAUGCUCGAGCGGCAGUUCCAGCUGGUCCGCCAGAGGGUGCACGCAGCGGCUGCCGACCCCACUGCCGCCGCCUUUGUGUUCUGGGCCACGGCCUGCCAGACGCAUCGCGCCGUCCAAGGGAACCGGCUAAAUUUUGGAAGACAAAUAACAGGAGCUCCUGGUAACAACUCUCCCAGUGCUGCUCUCGUCAUCCCACACGGCAUCACAGCUGACGACAACCAGAAAGCUCAAGUGUUUAGUGAGGUCCUGAAGGAGGUCCACAAUCACAUCACUGACCCUUUAUUCGAUGACACAUUCGCCAAAGAAAUCGAGGAAGGUCUGGAGAACUUCCUCAACACCCAAACAGCUCUCACAGAAGAGCAGGCAAAGCUUCUGGCGCCAAUUACUGAAGAGGAAAUUGCACUAGCUCUCAUAUCCAGCAAGCAAAAUACUGCACCUGUCAGGGACAAAAUUACGAGGAAAAUGCUCUCGGCCACGCCUCACCACAUGCUCCUUCCAACUCUAGCCGCCUCUACAACGCUGCGCUCUGUCUAG